AAGCCAAACGGAACCCAGAGAUUUUCAUCUUUUGAUUCCCUCUUUUUCUUCCUCCGUACGGCAUCACCUACCCCUUCCCCUCCCUUCUUUAAUCCUCAUUCUCUCCUCCUUCAAUGGCAGCCACAAGAAUUUCUCAGGCUCUGGAGUAGCCGCUCCAAAAUAUCUUCACACGGAGGAGCAGCAGUUAUGGGAGGCGGUUCAAUGGCACCUCUGGUUCCUACUGUCAAAACCGAGCCCUCCGCCGCCGACUCCACCGCGCCGCCUCCUCCUCCGCCUCCGCUUCCUCCUCCUCCGCCGCCGCCGCCGGAAGCAAUGGCUGCUGAGCUGGAAGCGGGAGAGCUGAAUGCGACUGCGUCUGAGGCCAACUCCGAGGAUUUGGACAAGGAUAUGCUGUGCCCCAUAUGCAUGCAGAUCAUCAAGGACGCGUUCCUCACUACCUGUGGACAUAGCUUCUGCUACAUGUGUAUCGUGACUCACCUUCGGAAUAAGAGCGAUUGCCCUUGUUGCGGUCACUUCCUCAGGAGCAACAGUAUUUUCCCCAAUAUUUUGCUCGAUAAGUUGUUAAAGAAAACUUCUGCUCGUCAGAUAAAGAAGACUACAUCCCCAUUUGGAUAUCUUCAUCAGGCAUUACAAAAGGGCUGUGACAUGUCAAUAAAGGAGCUGGAGGAACUUGUAACCCUCCUUGCUGAGAAGAAAAGAAAGAUGGAGCAAGAAGAAGCAGAGACAAAUAUGCAAAUUUUACUUGGCUUCUUGUAUUGUUUGAGAAAGCAAAAGCUUGAGGAGCUUAAUGAGAUACAAGCUGAUCUUCACUAUAUUAAGGAAGACAUUAGCUCUGUGGAGAAACAGAGAUUGGAACUAUAUAGGUCUAAAGAACGGUACUCAGGGAAAAUGAAAAUGCUGGUUGAUGACACUGUAUCCACAAAAUCACGGUCGUCAUUGAUCGACAAGCAUGGAAAUGGAAUUAAUUGUGGCACUCAACGGUCACAAGGCUGGAUGAGUUCUGGGAAUUCAGCCAACCCUAGAGCUGAUGUAAAGAUUCAAUUAGGUUCCCAGGGACCACUUAGAAAAGAUGCUUAUUGUGGUUCAGAUUUGCAUUCUGUUGCGCAAUCUGGACUAGCCGUGGCAAAUAAAAGGCGGGUCCAUACACAGUUUAAUGAACUGCAAGACUGCUAUCUGCAAAAACGACGAAAUUGGAGGAAGCAAUUGUAUAAACAAGAAGAUAGAGAUACAAAGUUCAACAGCGGAGAAAGUUACAAUCCUGCUCUUGAUGAUUUUCAGUCUGUACUAACUUCAUUUAUGCGAUAUAGCCGAUUGAGAGUCAUUGCGGAACUUCGACAUGGUGAUCUUUUUCAUUCUGCAAAUAUUGUAUCAAGUAUAGAGUUUGAUCGUGAUGACGAGUUCUUUGCAACUGCUGGUGUUUCCCGUUGCAUCAAGGUUUUUGAGUUUAGCUCGGUCGUAAAUGAACCUACAGAUGUUCACUUUCCUGCUGUGGAGAUGUCCACACGGUCAAAACUUAGCUGCUUGAGCUGGAAUAAAUACACAAAAAGUCAUAUUGCUAGUAGUGAUUAUGAAGGAAUAGUAACUGUUUGGGAUGUAAAUACACGUCAGAGUGUUAUGGAGUAUGAAGAACAUGAAAAACGAGCUUGGAGCGUUGAUUUUUCACGUUCUGAACCUUCCAUGCUUGUAUCUGGCAGUGAUGACUGUAAGGUCAAAAUUUGGUGCACAAGACAAGAAAAUAGUCUGUUCAACAUUGACAUGAAAGCAAAUGUUUGCUCUGUCAAGUACAACCCAGGAUCUAGCUUAUAUGUGGCUGUGGGUUCUGCAGAUCAUAAUAUCCACUAUUACGACUUGAGAAAUAUCAGCCAACCUCUGCAUGUUUUUAAUGGCCAUAAGAAAGCUGUUUCUUACGUGAAAUUCUUGUCGAACAAUGAACUCGCUUCUGCUUCGACUGACAGCACUCUGCGAUUAUGGGAUGUAAAGGAAAAUAUGCCUCUGUGUGUGUAUCGAGGACACACGAACGAGAAGAAUUUUGUGGGUCUAACAGUAAAUAGUGAGUACAUAGCAUGUGGCAGUGAAACAAAUGAAGUUUUCAUUUAUCACAAGGCAAUAUCGAAACCAAUGGCUUGGCAUAGGUUUAGUUCCUCAGAUUUGGAAGAUAAUGAUGAAGAUGCAGGUUCAUAUUUCAUAAGUGCUGUUUGUUGGAAGAGUGAUAGCCCAACAAUUUUAACAGCAAACAGCCAGGGAACUAUCAAAGUGCUGGUUCUUGCACCCUGAAUCGCAACAUUAGAAAUGUCUUGAGACAAAGAAAAAUGAAAAAGCAGGUACUGAAGUUUCAUGCCUUCAAUCUGUGUAUAUGGUGAAAUACCACUUCAAGUUAUAAUCAGCUCUUAAAUUUGGUUUUCAUUCAACAUCUGUGAAAGGGUUGAUUAUGCAACACUAAGAUUUUUUUCCCUUUUUUCUUUUCUUUCUUUUUUGGCAUGGCUAUAUUUAGUGGGAAUGGGCUAUUUGUUGGAGAAAUGUUCAUACAUAGUUUGGAAACUGCAAAUGUUUGUAUAUUUUCACUGGACUUUUGAUUGGGAGAGACAAAUAGGGAUAUUUGUUAAAGACUUAAAAGUUAUGUAAAGUCAAUGAAGAAAUUUGGAUAUUAUCUUGCGUUUUUUUA